AGGGACAGAUCCGGAGCCAGAACUGCCUGAGGAUGAGGAGACUAGGAUGGAAGCAGAAUCUUUCAAGGAACAAGGAAAUGCAUACUAUGCCAAGAAAGAUUACAAUGAAGUAUAUAACUUUGACAAAAAAGUCAUAGACAUGUGCUCUAAAAAUACUAUCUAUUACGGUAACCAAGCUGCCACAUUGAUGAUGCUGGGGAGGUUCUGGGAAGCACUGGGAGAUGCCCAGUAGUCAAUGAGGCUGGAUGACUCUUUUGUCCGGGGUCAUCUAUGAGAAAUCAAAUGUCACCUUUCUUUGGGGAAGGCUAUGGCUGCCUGUCACUGCUUCCAAAAGGCUCUAGAACUGGAUUACAGAAAUACUCAGGCAAAACAGGAGUUCAAGAAUGCCAAUGCUGUCCUAGAAAAUAAGAAAAUUGCUGAAAUGGAUUUUAAUAAAUAAGACUUUUGGAAGGUUAUCUUUUGCAUGAACAGGGCCCUGGAAUUUGCUCCUUCUUGCCAUCGAUUCAAAAUCCUCAAAGCAGAGUGUUUAGCAUUGUUGGGUCACUAUCCAGAAGCACAAUCUGUAGCCAGUGACAUUUCACAGAUGGAUUCCACCAAUGGAGAUGCACUGUACAUGUGAAACUUGUGCCUUUAUUAUGAAGACUGUAUUGAAAAAGCAGUUCAGUAUUUUGUACAGGCCCUCAGGAUGGUCCCAGACCAUGAGAAGGCAAAUUGUCUUGCCUGCAGAAAUGCCAAAGCACUCAAAUUAAAAAAAGAAGAUGGCAACAAAGCAUUUAAAGGAGGGAAUUACAAAAUAGCAUAUCAACUGUACACAGAAGCCCUGGGGAUCAAUCCUAAUAAUUUAAAAACAAAUGCCAAACUCUACUGUAAUCAAGGGGCAAUGAAUGCCAAGCUUAGGAAAUUAGAUGAUGUAAUAGAAGACUGUAAAAAUACUGUAAAGUUGGAUGACACAUACAUCAAGGCUUACCUGAGAAGAGCACAAAGUUACAUGGAUACAAAACAAUUCAAGGAAGCAGUUCAGGACUAUGAAAAAGUUUACCAGACAGAGAAAACAAAAGAAUAUAAGCAACUCUUGAAAAAUGCUCAGCUGGAGCUAAAGAGCAAGAGGAAAGAUUAGUACAAAAUUCUAGGGGUGGACAAGAAUGCCUCCGAGGAUGAAAUAAAAAAAGCCUAUAGGAAGAGGGCAUUAAUGCAUUAUCCAGAUCAACACAGUGGAGCCAGUGCUGAAGUCCAAAAGGAGGAAAUGAAGAAGGUCAAAGAAGUUGGUGAAGCCUUCACUAUCCUCUCUGACUCUAAGAAAAAGACUCACUAUGACAGUGGGAAAGACUUGGAUGAGGAGGGCAUGAACAUGGGGGAUUUUGAUGCCAACAACAUCUUAAAGGCAUUCUUUGGUGGUCCAGAGGGUUUCAGCUUUGAAGAAUCAAGUUCAAGGAAUUUAUUUUUCCAGUUUCCAGGGGAAAUAAAACCAACCAACUCAGAACCCAGAGAAUGCAGAUGUGCUCAUUUUAAUUUUGAAUACACACAUAAUUAGAGUCCUCCCUUCAUCAUG